AUGGAGGCUGCACCUGCGCUCGAUGGACACCCGUCCAUCCCGACCGCGACGGCGCGAGUCGCGGUGGUAGGCGCGGGAAUCUCGGGGCUCGUCGCCGCGUCGAUACUCGCGGAGCGCGGGGCACACGUGGCGGUGUUUGAUUUGGGGAGGGGUCCCGGCGGUCGCAUGUCGCAGCGGAGGGAAAGCAUCACCGUUCCGCCACGUGGUAGCUCUACCGAGGCAGCCGUCGAUGUGCCGAACGUAGAGGCCAGGUUCGACCAUGGUGCGCAAUAUAUCACCCUCAGCGACCCGAACGUGCUGUCCUUCCUGGAGCAGAGGUUCGGAGGAACGGGGGCGCUGGCGGAAUGGCAGGGGCGGUUCGGAGUUUGGGACGCGGAAAAAGGGGAAUUCACUCCAGGGGAGUUGGAGGACGCGGGGAGAGCGCAAGGGGGAGGAGAAGCGCACCAAGGGGGUAAUAUUGGUUUCGAGAAGCGGUUUGUGGGGGUACCUGGUAUGAACGCCCUCUGUCAAACGCUGCUUCUCCCCUCACAUGCGGCUUCUGCCGCAAACAUCAACGCCAGAUUCGGAGUCCAGGUGGCACGAGCGGAUUGGCUAGAGCACAAAAACCCUACAGGAGUGACUGAUGUAGACGAGGGCACCCCUCUCUCCCCGUCUUGGGAGCUUUUCUCGGCUUCCGGAGAUUCCCUAGGUUGCUUUGACGGCCUGGUAAUUGCUGCAUCGUACCGGACCAUGCCUGUGCUCCUGCCCGACCUGCCGAGUCUAGCACAGGUUCGGCAGGGCCUGGCGGAGGUCCGGGCAUCGCCCAGGUUCGCGAUGAUGCUGGCGUUCGCCGAGCCUCUCAGCCACGUGGCGUUUGAUGGCGUGGAUGUGGUGGGGAGUGAUGUGGUGGGGUGGAUUGGGAGGGACAGUAGCAAGCCGGGCAGAGCAAGGAGAGACGGAGGGCAAGACAGAGCAGACCAGAGCAGAGCAGAAGAACGAUACCAGGAGGAGCAGUAUCCUGGGUGCUGGGUGGUUCACUCCACUGCUCACUACGCCUCCUCCCUCCUCGCCUCUGCUCCCCCCGGCCGGCCCUCUCCGGACCUCCUUGCACGCGUGGCAGAUGACAUGUGGCGCGCUGUGAAGCCUAUCCUGGGCGGUGGCAGUGGGAGAGAAGGUGGUGAGAGUGUAGGAGGAGUGGAGGGGGAAGAGGGGCUAGAGCCGAUUUUGAGGAAGGUGCACCGGUGGGGAGGGGCGUUUCCUGUAGCGGGAGUGGCUGCAGGGGGGGAGAAGUGCUUGUGGAGCGAAGGGGGCCGGGUGGCGGCGUGUGGGGAUUUCUGUGUGGGGGGUCCAACGAGAGGGUUGGUGGAAGGCGCUGUGGCUAGCGGUAUGGAGGCAGGGCGCAAGCUGGGUGAUGCUCUCCGGGGGGAGGGUUGGUGGAAGGCGCUGUGGCUGGUGGCAUGGAGGCAGGGCGGAAACUGGGUGAUGCCCUCCGGCUGGAAAGAAGUGCAUUCUCGGAGCGUCGCUGCCGUGCUGCAUACCCUACGCAAGCAGCACGCACCAACGGUGGCCCUCCACGUGUACUGGAGGCUGAGGGCGGCUGGACAGCUGUCGUUUCACUGCAAUGACGUGGCACUCGCCGCGUGCUGUGGUGUGGAGACGGAUUAUAGACUGGCGGAGUAUGAGAGGGCGGAGAGGCGGCAGGGGAGAGGGUGGGGCGGGGGAGGUGCGCAGGGGAAAGGGGGAGCGGAGGAGAUGGGGUUUCUGGGGAGCUCCGAAGGAGAUGGGUUGCUGGGGGGGGAGGAGGGAGAGGAGGGAGAGGAGGGGGAGGAGCGGGAGGAGCGGGAGGAGGGCAAGGAGGGAGAGGCGGGAGAGGAGGAAAGGGAGGGAGGAAGUGAGGGAAUGGAAGGGGAGGGGGGGGGCGAGGGAGGCGAGGGGGAAUGGGAGACGGGUGGCAGCAGCAGCAGCAGCAGGGGAAACGGCAGGCACAACAAUGGGUGGCACAGCGAUGGGUGGGCGAGUAUCAACUGGCGCAGCAGGGGCAUGCCCCCACCGUGGGUGCUCACGAGUCCCACCGUGCACGCAGCUCUGGGUACCCACGCUCCUGCCCCCGCCCUGCACAUGCUGGCCGCGCAGGGCCUCUCCACCACAGGGCAGGGAGAGUUGGAUUCCGCCCAGAUGCCAGCACCGCACAUGCUGCCUGGACAGGGGCUUUUGACAGGGCGCAUGGGUGAGGGGGAAGUGACACAAGGGGCCAGGGGCAAGGCAAACGUUCUAGAGAGUGGACUGGGAGAGGUUGGUCUGGUGGAAGCAGAUGCUGCUGCUGCUGCUGCUGCUGCUGCUGCUCUGUUGCACUCUCAUCAAGCCACCACUCUCCCUGCCCCCUCCCCUCACUCCCAAGCAUCAUGUAGCUCUCAAGCCUCCCCAGCCGACUGGCCAGCCAUGGAAGCACUCUUCCCCGUGCUGUCCGCGCUGAUCAGGUUCGAGGAGAGGUUCGGCAUAGGCUCGAGCGCGUGGGAGGAGGUUCGGGCGCUGGGGCUGUGGGAGAGAGCAGCUUUGGAGAUUCUGGCCGAGUCCCGGGGCAAGUUGCAGAGGUUCGGAGGGGAGCUGGCUCGGCCGUACCACCGGGUGCUCAUGGCUUUGGCUCUGAGAGGGAGGGAGGAUGAGAUUGCUCAGGUGAGAGAGAAAUGCCUGGUGCGUUUUUCUGAGGUGGCUUUUGAGGCGCCUCAAAAGUUGGCCGUACCACAGGGUGCUCAUGGCUCUGGCUCUGAGAGGAGGGGUGAUGAGAUUGCUCAGGGGUGCAUUUUGCUGAGUUGCGAGAACCUGCACUCCUCUCCUCUCCGCCAACCCCACCCCCACCACUGCCCCCAGCAGGUGAGGGCAUGGAUGGAGCAGGACGGAGUGUCAACGCCUGCUGCUGCGUCCCACGUGCCUCUGCUCUCCGUGCUCACCAGCAGCCCUGGUGAGUGCGUGUUGAGCCGUGCUCCACUCGCUGCUGCUGCUGCUGCUGCUGCUGCUGCUGCUGCUGCUGCUGCUGCUGCUGCUGCUGCUGCUGCUGCUGCUGCUGCUGCUGCUGCUGCUGCUGCUGCUGCUGCAAUCAAUCCCCUAUUCUCCCAUGACAUAACGAUCCACAAGCUAGCCUUACAGCAGCAGUGGGAUGACAUGCUGCUGCUGCUCCCCCACGCGCUCGCCUGCUACUUUGAGUCGCACGGGUGGGAGCGCAUCACCCUCUGGAGCUCCGCCCUCGCUGCUGUGGGUCAGGCGUGCCGCCCCGACGUGCUCAAGAGCAUGGUGGAUGCUGCUGAAGCCACAGGGCUGGGUGAUGGUCCUCUAGGCUGCCGCCCGGACGUGCUCAAGAGCAUGGUGGAUGCUGCUGAAGCCACAGGGCUGGGUGAUGGUGAGUGGAGACCCCCUUCUCUCUCCGGGACAGCACACAGCUCACUCGAAGGCAGUUCAUGGGGGCCAACCACUGGAAGGGCUUCUGGCUGCUGGUGGAGCGGCAGGGCCGACAACUCUCUGUCCUCCUCCCCCUCUUCCCUUUCCUUGCCUGUCCCAGCUCCCUUCUCCCUCCCUGACGGCACGCAGCUGACCCGCAGGCAGUUUCUGGGAGCCAACUACUGGAAGGGCUUCCGCCCGCUGGUGGAGCGACAGGGGCGGCAGGGGGUGUCAGGGGGCGAGUUUGAGCGCACGUGGGGGCUGGUGAGGCAGGCCGUGGCGGCCACUGGGCUGCACCCCCAUGAGGGCAUCUCGUCCCUCCUCAUCUCUGGGCUCUGCGUCAACGGCCAGCUCGACAGGGCGAUGGAUGUGUUGGAGGAGAUGCAGCAGAUGGGAUUCGCCCUCACGCCACGAGUCUUCGACCCGCUGCUGCUGCAGCUCGCGCGCUCCAAGCUCUUCAAGGAGGCGCUCGCCCUGGCUGAUGUCAUGCGCCGCAUGGACGGUGGGCUCACGGUGGCCUCCUUCAGCAGUCUCAUUGAGGCGUGCCUGCAGGUCGAUAAUAUCCCAAUGGCACUGGAGCUAGUAGCGGGGAUGAGGAGCACGGGCGUGCACAGAAUCCCAAUGGCGCUGGAGCUAGUGGCAGAGAUGAGGAGCACGGGCGUGCAGAGGAACAGCUACAUCUACACGCCCAUCAUCCACGCCUUCUGUAAACAGGCACGCGUUGCAAUCCACAUCAUCUAUCAGCAGCCAUGUCCCCAGGGGAAGAUGUCAGCAGCGAUGGGCGUACUGAGGGAGAUGAUGGCGGACGGCAUUCGGCCCAACGUGGUGGUGUUCACGCAGCUGCUGCAUGGCUCCCAGGGGAAGCUGUCAGCAGCGAUGGGCGUACUGAGGGAGAUGAUGGCGGACGGCAUUCGCCCCAACGUGGUGGUGUUCACGCAGCUGCUGCACGGCUGUGCCCUCGCCCGCAACCGAGCCAUGGGCAUGCGCGUGCAUGAGAUGAUGCAGCAGCACGGCGUGCCGCCCAAUGACUACCUGCACGCCGCCAUGGUGGAGCUGCAUCACAAGACAGGCGACGUGAAUGGCGCCAUGGAGUGCAGACGCAUGGGCAUGCGCGUGCAUGCGAUGAUGCAGCAGCAUGGGGUGCCGCCCAAUGACUACCUGCAUGCCGCUAUGGUGGAGCUUUACCAUAACACAGGCGACGUGAAUGGCGCCAUGGAGGUGAGGAUAGCGAAGGGGUGGAGAGUGGCAUGGGUGGGUGUGGAGUGGACUGCAGCUCCAGUCCCCGAGCCGGGACUGCAGCUCCAGUCCCCAAGCCGGGACUGCAGCUCCAGUCCCCAAGCCGGGACUGCAGCUCCAUACCUGGCAGCAGCAGAGGCGGCAGGGCACAGAGUGGGCGCCAACGCAGUGAGCGCGCUGGUCGAGGCCCUGGCAGCAGCGGGGCGCACAGAUGCAGCUCUAGCGGCGUUCCACCGGGGGCGAGCACAGGGCGUGCAGCCCCUGCCAUACGCCGUGGGGACCAUGAUCAUGGCGCUUGGGCGGGCGGGCAAGGUGGACGACAUGAUGGCGCUGUUCCGCGAGUCACGCCGAGGGGCACGAGGGGCGCAGAGGGGGAAGAAUUGGGGGGACGGGGAACCGCGGGGGAAAAUGGGGGGAGGGGAGGAUGGGGAGGAUGGGGAGAGCGGGCGGAAGGGGGAGCGGGGUGAGGGGGGGAGGCAGUGGGAGGGCGUGACGUGGCAGCAGGAGAUGCGGAGUGGGCAUGCGCUGGUGGUGCAGACGCUGGCGUGCCUCGUGCAGCUUCACGACGUGCAGUACGGCCCCUGCUCUUCUCUCCCUCCUUCGUUUCCCUUCCUGCCUCUUGCCCUCCCACCCUACCUUAAGGAGGAGUGGUGCGGCGAACCCUGGCCUAUCGUUGUAACCCUUCUCCCAUGCAACGCCAUGUGCGCCUCUGCUCCCCACUCCCCAUACGCCUCUCUCCUCUCGCUGCGUGCAUGCAGGCGCAUUCUGGAGGUAGCAGAGGAGAUCAAGGACGACCCUCAGCUCAACCGCCAGCAGAUCUUCGACCAGGUGUUACUGCCAGUGGCCAGGGGGUUACCGGACGAGAGGGGGGUGUGUUUGAUCGGGGUGAGAGAGGCUCUUCGCAUGUUCCAAGCCCUGCGCACUGUGGGAGUGCACGCGUCCCGCAUGGUGCUGGAAGCGCUGUUGGAUUCUUGUGCGGCCAUGGGGGACCUGCCCCGCGCCCUCCAUGUGAUGGACGACAUGCAUCGCAACGACCUGCCACCCACCGUCUUCACUCUCUUCCGUCUCUUUCGAACGGCCAUAACAGCAGAGGACGAGGAUGCUGCUUGCGCCGCACUGCGCCAGAUGUCGCCCUCUGAUUUGUCCGAUGAGGACGUGCAGCUGCUGGUGCUUAAAGCCCUCGAGCCCUUCAUCCGGGCGGCGGCUGAAGGAGGGGAGGGGAUGGCCCUGGCCAAUGAGACGCUGCCACGUGUCAGGGAGGAGGCUUACGUGGCAAUUUUGAGAGCCAAUGCGCUCAAGAUGAGGGGCUUGGUAGGGAGAGAAGGGGAGAGGGGUGGGACGUGGAGAGAUAGAGGGGAGAAGGAUGCAGGAGUGGGUGGGGAGAUUUCUGAGAUUCUGGCAAGGCAGCAUUCUCGGCAGUCAAAUGAAAACAGGACAGGAGAAUCACCGUGA